CAGUUUCCCUGACUGAUCGGAACAACAAACCGAACGGAGCAAGCGGGGAAAGAGUGUGUCCAAAACCGCCUCUGACCGCCACUUUCAAACUACAUCCAUGAAAUAGCUGCGAAUUUCAACUUUAACGCCACUGGAGUUCAUCUAAUUCGUCAAAAAGUGCUCAUAAAUAAUCCGGGGACGUCCCUGACAACCGGGUGUAUGAGACCGUUGUCCUGUGUGUAUGAAGACAAAGCCCUUGACAAGUUGAAGUGGACCAGAAGAUGUUAAAGAAAUGAUAGCUGCACCGGAGUUACACACAGAGUUUCAUUUCGCUCAGGACACUGACACACGGUUCUCAUCAGACACUGAUUUUGAUGAUCCCGAUGGUCGAAAUGCUGUUAUUGGUAAAGGGAAGGCGAGGAAAGGUAAGAAGGGCCCUGGAGAGAAGGGCAAAGGAGUGGCGAAAGGAGCCGGGCGCAUGAACGGACAUCACCAGGAGAAUGGCAUGGAAAAUGUCAUGCUUUUCGAAGUGGUCAGGCUGGGCAAGAGUGCCAUGCAGUCGGUCGUUGACGACUGGAUCGAGGCCUAUAAACACGAUAGAGAUGUUGCGCUCCUCGAUUUGAUCAAUUUCUUCAUCCAGUGCUCUGGCUGCAAAGGCAUUAUCACGAGUGAGAUGUUUCGGAACAUGCAGAACUCCGAGAUCAUCCGGAAGAUGACUGAAGAGUUUGAUGAGGACAGUGGAGAUUACCCGCUCACCAUGGCCGGUCCACAGUGGAAGAAGUUCAAGUCUAGUUUUUGCGAGUUCAUCGGUGUGCUGGUACGACAGUGUCAGUACAGCAUCAUCUAUGACGAGUACAUGAUGGACACGGUCAUCUCGCUACUCACCGGUCUCUCUGACUCUCAAGUCCGAGCUUUCAGACACACUAGCACACUGGCAGCCAUGAAGCUGAUGACGGCCCUCGUGAAUGUAGCAUUGAACCUCAGCAUCAACAUGGACAACACUCAGCGGCAGUAUGAGGCGGAGAGGAACAAGAUGAUCGGCAAGAGGGCCAACGACAGGCUAGAGCUUCUCCUUCAGAAACGCAAGGAGUUACAAGAAAAUCAGGAUGAAAUUGAAAACAUGAUGAACGCCAUUUUCAAGGGUGUCUUUGUUCAUCGAUAUCGCGAUGCGAUAGCAGAGAUCCGGGCGAUCUGCAUUGAGGAGAUUGGUGUGUGGAUGAAAAUGUACAGCGAUGCUUUUCUUAAUGACAGUUAUCUUAAAUAUGUGGGCUGGACCAUGCAUGACAAGCAAGGUGAGGUGCGUCUCAAGUGUCUGACGGCACUGCAGGGUCUGUACUAUAACCGUGAGCUCAAUGCCAAGCUGGAGCUCUUCACCAGCCGCUUCAAGGACCGCAUUGUGUCCAUGACGCUGGACAAGGAAUAUGACGUUGCAGUUCAAGCAAUAAAACUGCUCACGUUGGUUUUACAUAGCAGCGAUGAAGUAUUGACUGCAGAGGACUGUGAAAGUGUGUACCAUCUAGUGUACUCGGCCCACCGACCUGUCGCUGUGGCAGCGGGAGAGUUUCUCUUUAAGAAACUGUUUAGUCAUCGAGACCCAGAGGACGACAGCAUGCCCAAGAGACGAGGCAGACAGAGUGUGAAUGCCAAUCUUAUCAAAACCACUGUCUUUUUCUUCCUGGAAAGCGAGCUUCACGAGCAUGCUGCCUACCUAGUGGACAGCAUGUGGGAUUGUGCAGCAGAGAUCUUGAAGGACUGGGAGUGCAUGAUCAGUCUACUUCUGGAUGAGCCACUUCCUGGAGAGGAAGCUCUGACAGACAGGCAGGAGACGGCUCUCAUAGAGAUCAUGCUGUGCACCAUCCGUCAGGCUGCAGAGUGCCAUCCGCCAGUGGGCAGAGGCACGGGCAAGAGGGUUCUGACGGCAAAGGAGAAGAAAACUCAGCUUGAUGACCGGACGAGGAUGACAGAGAUCUUUGCGAUAGCACUGCCAGCUUUACUUGCAAAGUAUUCUGUUGAUGCCGAGAAAUUGACAAACCUGCUCCAGCUUCCCCAGUUCUUUGAUCUGGAGAUCUACACCACAGGCCGUUUGGAAAAGCACCUGGAUUCAUUGUUAAGACAAAUCAGAGAGAUUGUGGAGAAGCACACAGACACGGAUGUGCUGGAGGCCUGCUCCAAAACCUACCACUCGCUCUGCAACGAGGAGUUCACCAUCUUUAAUCGGGUGGAUAUCGCCCGCAGCCAGCUCCUGGAUGAAUUAGUGGACAAGUUUAACAGGCUUCUGGAGGACUUCCUGCAGGAGGGUGAAGAAACAGAUGAAGAUGAUGCUUACCAAGUUCUGUCCACACUGAAGAGGAUCACUGCUUUCCACAAUGCUCAUGACCUGUCUAAAUGGGAUAUCUUUACCAGCAAUUACAAGUUACUAAACACUGGUAUUGAAAACGGUGACAUGCCCGAGCAGAUUGUCAUCCACGCUCUGCAAUGCACACAUUACGUCAUUCUCUGGCACUUAGCGAAGGUCUCCGAGGGGACUUCUAAAAAGGAGGAUAUGUUGACUUUGAGGAAGCAAAUGAGGGCAUUUUGUCUCAUGUGCCUGCGUUACCUAACAAGCGUCAACACUGCCGUCAAAGAACAGGCCUUUACCAUCCUCUGUGAUCUGCUGAUGAUCUUCAGUCAUCAGAUAAUGGCAGGUGGUAGAGAAGCCCUAGAGCCCCUAGUGUACACACCCGAUGCGUCUCUGCAGUCCGAGCUUCUCAGUUUCAUUCUGGACCACGUAUUUAUUGACCAGGAUGAAGACAACAACAGCACAGAUGGACAGCAGGAUGAUGAAGCAGGAAAAAUCGAAGCUUUGCACAAGAGGCGAAACCUUUUGGCGGCGUACUGCAAACUCAUUAUUUACAAUGUGGUUGAGAUGAACACUGGUGCAGAUAUAUUUAAGCAGUAUAUGAGGUAUUACAAUGACUAUGGUGAUAUCAUCAAGGAAACAAUGAGUAAGACGAGACAGAUCGACAAAAUCCAGUGUGCCAAGACCCUCAUUUUGAGCUUACAGCAGCUAUUCAAUGAAAUGCUAUCAGAUCUGGGUCCCAGCUUUGACCGUUCAGCCUCGGCUUUUUGUGGCAUUAAAGAGCUCGCUCGCCGUUUCUCUCUGACCUUCGGCCUGGAUCAGGUCAAGACCAGAGAGGCCAUCGCCAUGUUACACAAGGAUGGUAUCGAGUUUGCCUUUAAAGAGCCGAAUCCUCAAGGUGAGGGAUAUCCUCCCCUCAACCUGGCAUUUUUGGACAUUCUCAGCGAGUUCUCAUCCAAACUCAUGCGUCAGGACAAGCGGACCGUGCACAUGUAUUUGGAGCGCUUCAUGACAUUUCAGAUGGCCCUGCAGAGGGAGGACUGCUGGCUGCCGCUCAUCUCCUAUAGGAACUCACUGCAGGCAGGGGGUGAUGAUGACACCAUGUCCGUGAUCAGUGGCAUCAGCAGUCGCAGCUCCUCUGUCAGGAGCAAAAAGGCUAAGCCUGCCACUAGCAAGAGAAAAGUACCUGAAGAGGAGAGCAGCAGUAGCAGCACUGAGAUGUGGAUGAACCGUGAGCAGAGCAUGCAGACGCCGGUCAUGAUGCCAUCACCUCACCUCACGUCCACCAUCAUGAGAGAACCCAAACGCCUGCGGCACGAAGAGAGCUACAUGGGUGUGUACACCAUGACUCCUGAUCAGCAGCAGCAGCAUUCGCACCCUCCCACUCCACAGCCACAACAUCACCAGACACCCAUGGACUACAACACACAAGUCACUUGGAUGCUAGCACAGAGACAGCAGCAAGAGGAGGUGGCCAGGCAGCAUCAGGAGAGAGUUAUGAACUACGCCAAAUUAAGGACCAACCUUCAGCAUGCCAUUCGACGAGGGACGGGCCUAAUGGAAGAUGAUGAAGAGCCCAUUGUGGAAGAUGUCAUGAUGUCAUCAGAAGGCCGGAUCGAGGAUCUCAAUGAAGGGAUGGACUUUGACACCAUGGAUAUUGAUCUGCCCCCAUCGAAGAAUCGACGAGAGCGAUCAGAACUGAAGCCCGACUUUUUCGACCCAUCCUCCAUUAUGGAUGAGUCUGUAAGAAGCACUCAUUUCCUGGGUUAUGAUGCUUUUCAGCGGUAAUAGGGACUCGUUCACUCCACCUAUAAGGAGGUGAAAGAGAGACCACCACUAGAUGGCACUAGCAGGAGUGAUUUCACAUAGUUGAAUUGCCCUUGUGCUAAAGAAAAUAGAAAGAGAGAGAGAGAGAGAGAGAGGGAGAGCAUAAUACUUCUAAUCAGACCCAUCUGGACUGAUGAUUAAAUUUAAACAUCUUAUAAGUAACCUUAAACACUGAACUGAAUUUGAACAUUUUCUCUUGUAGGUCCUGGGAGUGCCCAUGUUUUAAGAUUAGAAUUGGAGGAGUGUGAAGAGAAGAGACAUUUUGUGUGAAUUCAGAUUGAUUCUCUAAAGAGAAUUAAAUUCAAUGGAGCGAUUGGCAUCCAAAUCGGCUUUUACCAUUGACACUUGCUAAAACAGAAAGGAAAACGGAGCAAUUCAAAGUCUUUGGGCUUUCCAUGAUGGGUAGAUACUGAACAGCAUGAAAUCUCUGACUGUCCUUAGCCAUACAAGAGUAUGUUAUAUAAAUAACUGCGAAAUAAUUAUAUAUAUGUAUAUUUAUAUAUGCAUAAUUAUUUCACAGCUUAACGUCAUUAUGUUUGAAGAAACAUAUGUGAGAUCUCUUAGAGUUGUGGUAUUUCUUGAAACUGGGGUGAAUGCAUCUUUUUUAACUUAAAGACAACUUUGUUAUGUAUAGCCCUUUUGUAAUAGUGAGUAAUCUGGUGUAAAGUAGUAAUUUAUAAGCAGGUUUUUGCUCAUCAUAGUGAGUAUUGAUAUAUUUUAUUCUUCUUAUCUAAUAUGUGAAAUGGAGGAGAACCUCCAUGUCUUUAUAUUUAGUAUUUAGUUUCCCUUUCGUCCUAUCUUAAAAAUCAUGACAUACAAUAUAAAGCUUAAACACACUGAGCCAGAUUUGUUAGUGCACGUGGUGCAUGUGUAAAGAUUUGGGUGAUUUUAGCGACAUGAUCAGUGAUUGGUGUAUGCUAAAUACUUUAACCAUUCAGUGUCCCUGUUGCUUUUGUUGCACCAUCAAAAUCAUUGUUCGUGCCAACUGCUCUAGUAAAUCCAGGCACUUAGGCUCCCAGUCACUCUGUGGAGAUGCACAGAAAGACUUUAAUUCUUCCACUGAGUCACAAGGCCUAUCCAAAGAAUAUCUGCUCGCUUGACCCCUCUAAAAUCUUAUGAUCAAGAAGAAAUCUCUCCAGUAGUGCCAUUGUGUUGUGUCUGAUAAAACCAGAAGUUAGCGUAGUAUGUCUGAUGGAGAUUUUCUUCUCCUGAAUUAGAGCUAUGUAGACAUCUACAUUUAAACAAAGUUAUAUAUAAAUAUAUAAAUUGGUGCUGAUUUUAUAACUGUGCUUUUAGGUUUUUUUUAAACUCCAAGUAAGAGUUGAAAGGUUUUGGAAAUGUAUAACAUCAUGUCUAAAGAUGAAAGUGUGUAGCCAUGCAGCAAGUAAAGUUUUUAAAUAUUUUAUAUUUUUCCCUCUUUUAUUGUGUGCAUUGUUUGGAUUUUUUCAGUCUUGAAAGUUUUUUGUUUUCGCCUUAUUCCUUGUUGUAAAUUAGUUUGGUUUAAAUUCAUGGACAGAAUUAUUUCCCAAUAUGAAAUAUUCAAUAUGUAACACAACAUAACAUCCUAAGAGAUCAUAAAUGUUACAGCAUUGAAUUUGGCAGCUUUGUGAAGCUUAACUAAUACAUUAAUUUAUAUUACAGACAUGUACAUUUGUCUGGGGUUUCAUUUUUAAUCAUUCCUUGUCUUGGCCUUAAAACAUUUUGUUUUUUAAAUGAGAAACAAAAGGUGGUUGUCCAACAGAAAUCUUCCAUGUUUAAAAGUGUAUGUGAGGUACAUUGGAAAGGUAUCAGAAAAGGAAGAAUAUAUUCUGAAAUGGCAUGAGUGUAAUUAUUUAAAAGAAGGUGUGCAGACAGAUUUUGCAAGUAAAUGCCUUCGGGCCAAAACUGUCUUCUGUUCCUCACCACUACAUUAAAACUGCUGAAUAGAUUGUGUAAAUAUACAUGCAUUUAAACGUAAAGCUUAAUUUUCUAGUGCUUUUUCUGUUAACAUUUAAGCAUAUUAUCACCUUUCCCUGCUCAGAGAUAUAAACUCAUGCAUAACCGUUUCCUGUCCUCUGUUAUCCACUGUAAUGUUUCUGAUUUGUAUCUGUCUGGAGACAGUAAGUUUUUAAAUAAAAGUAAACAAAUCA